AUGGCGUCAAAUGCCACGCUUUGGCCUUCCUCAGCUAGCAAUCAUCUAAUGACAAUUAUGAUGAUGUUGUUCAUGAUCAUGCUGAUGAAUCAUUGUCCAAUUGUUUCUGCCGAGGAAGCUGGUGUUUGCACUUCUCCCGACGACAAAUCUUGUGAAGCAACGGAGGCAGUCGAUGCCGCGCUUGCUUUGGCCACAAAAGUUGUAGAAUCCUUAAAAGCCACCAAGGAUGCCAUUGUCAGUGACAAGUUAGAAGUCCGCAGAGUCGAUCCCAGUGAUUGGACAUCCGACUUUUACCUCUUUGCGACCGAAAAUAUUGAAGAGGACGAAUUGCUGCUUCAGAUUCCUCCGGAAGCGUAUCUUUUGGUGGAUUCAGACGAUUACGAAGAUGGCAUGUGUGACCUGAAGAAUGCCUUUUUGGAACAAAUCCACAAGGCCGAUGGUAAAGGAUCGUCAGCAUCAACAGCAUUGUUUGCGGAUUACAUUGCCUAUCUCAAGUUGACACUUGAUCAAAUUCUUCCUCGCAUGCCCAGUCUGUGGUCGGCCAAAGGAAAAGCCUUGCUGGAUGGCAUGUUACAGGAUCCUUCCAUUGAUGAUGACAAUACCCUUCCUCCACAUGGUGCUACGGAAUUCUUUAAUUUAGAGUGUUUGGAUGCUACCGAUCCCGAUGAUAUCUUGGCCAUGGCGACUGCCUUGGGACGUGGAUGGGAUGUUGCCAUUACUCCCGUCUAUGAUUUUAUCAAGCAUGACAAUCGAGAGGAAAAGAUUAAUGUGGAGAAUACCUCGCUCAGAAGUAGUGGCAAAACCGGAUUCACGGUAAAGGCAUCGGAUCCCAUUGCCAAGGGAGAACACUUGUAUCAUUCCUUUGAUCGGUGCAUUGAUUGCGGAGAUGCUCCUGAAGUCUGGGGAACACCUGAAAUCUUUCGCGACAAGGGAUUUUUGGAAGACUAUCCACAACGAUUUCACUUUGGUGGAUUUGGCAUCAUGCCAAUUAUCUCCUUGGACAUUGACCAAGAGGGAACCAAUGAAGAUGGACAACCAAUCUUGUCAGCCGAAUGGAUCUUUGAACAAUUCCCAAUCUACGGAUCUUACUACGGAGGAACACGAUUCAUGAAGGAACAUUUGGAACGAUUGGAAGGAUAUCUCACGGAUGUAUUGGUGCCAGCCGAGGGAAGUCUACCCGAUGAUGAAUUGGAAGCCAUUUUGGACUAUUACGAUGCCUUGAUUCGAGCUUUGACCUUGGGUGUCCAAAUGUCCGAACAAGAAUAUUGGGAACCAACCAUUGAUUAUUCUCAGCACCACGAAAGCCUCAAUGCGUCGGAAGAUUUAUUUGUGGUCCCGGAAGAACAUGAAGUGGUCGACACAAUUGAUGACUUUCGUCGGACACUCUACCAAGCGGAAUCGUUGGUGUAUGAUUCGGAUCACUACACAGACAUUUCCAGCUUUAAUUCGCAAUAUCAGUUGAUUGAUCAUUAUUUCGAUCCCGAAACCAGAGACGUUUGCUUCAAUUUGGAUACCAUCUUUCAAAUGUGCCGAUCUUACUGGCCAUAUUAUCACGAAGUUCAAGUACACAAGACGGCCAAAUAUGUCAAGGAAGAUAUCAAACGGGUCUUGUUUGUCGGAGCUGGUGACAAUGGACUCUUGAAUGAAAUUGUCAAGUAUCCUAGUUUGGAAUUGGUGGUCGGUUUGGAAUUGGAUCAACAUGUGGCUCGAUUGGCCUUUAAACAUUUUGGAGCCCAAACACAUUACCACAACGAAAAGGUCCAGUGGUGGUACGGAGAUGCCUCCAAGACGCUAUACAUGCUUCCACGAGAAUACUUUGGUUCCUUUGAUAUGGUAUUGGUCGACUUGUCCGAUACCAUCUUUGCCUUGACCGUGUCGGAUGAACUGGAUGUGGUUGGGGCACUAUCCUUGUUGGUCAAACCAGGUGGUGUAUUUGCCAUGAACGAAUUGUUCUUCAAAAAGGUCAGCGACGUCUUUGAAUACGCACUCUAUUAUCAGGUGUACAACAUUCCCAAACUUGGCGAUCAAGGCUUUGUCAUUGCCAGUAACGAUGUUGACUUGUUGAAUCGGGAUUUGACCCAUCACAAGGUGAAUGACGUAUUGGUGGAAGAUACUCUCCUCAAGACAGACCAUCAAUUCUCCUUUGUUCACGAUUAUAGACGCAAUCCCAGUAGUACCUUUGACAAGCUGUGCAAGGAUCCCGACACCAUUCCCGAAAAGGAUAAUCUCCAAGAUGCCAGCCCUGGAAUCUUUAUGGUCUUGGAGGUGGAAGAAUUGAACAGCAAGCCCCUCAAGAAGAUUUCCAAGGUCAAGAGUGCAAUCGAGAAGGCAUUGGAGAAGGAGGGUAUGCACGUCGUUUCUACCACGGCAGGAAAGAAGACGGACACUCAGUUUGUAACGAUUUUGAAAGAAGGAUACAUUGUGGCUCGAGUGGAUGCUGAAAACAAGUACUGCGGGUUUGAUAUUCUAUUGUGGAGUUCCUUUGAAAGUUUUGAAGCUGUCAAGUUGGCUCUUAUUCAAGCAGUGGGAGGCAGCCGUGACAAGACCUCGUCCUUCCGCAUUGUCACUGGCGGUAUGUAUGGUGUCAGUACUUGGAAGGAGGAUUCCAAGAGUCAUGGACCCCAAAUUGACAAGUUCUGUGCCAAGGAUACUGAACCAGUCCGAGCAGCAGCAAGCCCAAACAGCCUCUUGAACGUGAUUUUGAAUGAAAGUCUGGACCUUGUGGACAAGGAUGCAAAGUUUGCUGUUGCCGUUCUUUGCGGCACGAAAGACGAAGCUUGUGAGAGCGUUGAAAUCCUCAAGGGAAAGAAGGAACUUACUUCUGUCAUUCCCUUUUAUGCUUGUUCCGAUUCGUCGUUGUCCGACGAUGAGGCCGAAGAAUGUGCCAACACUGCUGCCAAGGAGAAGCUAGAUGCCGAAUUUGGUGACGACGAAGAGAAGAUCAAGUUUUUCGUUGUCGAUCCAUCCGCAACCAUCGCCAUGGAUACUGUCAUUGACUUGUUGGACGAAGAAGACAAGUUGGAAGACGACAUUUACGGCCUGGCCACUGUUGAUUCCCAAUUGGACAUGUGGAAACGAUCCGUUGUAGAUCGUAUUCGUACCACCAUCACUCGAUUGGAUCCAGUAUUUCGUGCCCAUGUUCUCUUCAACACAACCGAAAGUAGUUUGGAGAUGGCCUUCGCUUCGUCUGGUGAUGAGCUCUUCAUUGACAACUUGAAGAAGGCAGUAUCUUCCAUCGAAAAGAAGUCUGGACUGACUGCGGAAAUUCGAAACAUUUUUGGUGGAUUGUGGAAGAGCGAACCUACCUAUAUCAUUGAUGAUGAUGCCGGACUCAAAUUCUUCAAGCCUGAAGACUUUGACUUAAAGCCUUCGUUGGAGCAAUACAAGACCCAGAAGCCAGUAGGCGCCCAAUCCAUCAUCCAAUACACCAAUGCUAUCCGACAGAGACCUACACUGGUGGUCGGGGAGGAUCUCAAGAAGGGAUUUGACAAGUUUGCGCUCACAGAACACGUAGAAGGAAAUCCGUUUGUCGAGGCCUACGAAAACAUUGGAGAUGGCGCCGUGCACAUUGCCAUUUGGGAUUCUGCCAUGGUCUUGGUUAUUUGGGAUGGACGGGUCCAAGUCGACGUGAACAUGUUUUGCGCCGAUCUCACCGUCACUGCUGCUAUGCAAGCUGACCUGGAGAAGGCAUUGCCAGAUCUAGAAAUCAAGCUACGCGACUUUCAUCCACGAGGCUAUGGUCAAGUUGUGAAUUUUUCGGAGGACUUGGUCGACAUGGAAGAGCCCCAUUGGGCAUAA